CAGCAAACACCAGCUCCGGACAAGGGACUGCUCAGGACGACUCUAUCUUGGGCAGGCUCUCAUACGAGCUCGAUUCACUAACACCUGUCACGCUAUUCACUGACUAGCCGCUAGAAGCGCAACCCAGCAGCACGGCUGGCAAACACAAUCAGCCUAAGCCUUGUUGCUUCCUAGCGACUCCUUUACUGUAUCUUCACCCCAGGUUGCUGCGCUAUGCGUAGAGAUCUUUGAGCCUGCUUCACCUGAGCGCGUGCGCUUAUCCACCUGGACUCUAUACGCUCCAUAUCAACCUCACGUGCAAGCGCUCCGCCCAUGACGCGACAACUCGUCCAACAAGCUCCGAAUACCUGAGAUUCCACGGCCACGGAAUACCAUGUGGCCUUCAAUACCAGCUUUCAGGAGUUUCGGGAAUGUAGCUUGCCCGUCCGGUGCUGCAUGCGAGCUUCCGUACUGCAUCUUUUCUCACGAUGUCACCAAGCUUCAGGACGCCAAUUCUGGUACUGCUUCUAAUACUGCAAUCCUCGACCAAGGACCAGAAGCAAAACGCUUGAAGCUUGACAAUGGAACAAAGCAACCUGCUCAGCAAGCUACCCAGGCAUCGAGCCAGCAAGCAAAACCGCAGGUCUUUGUCGGUUCAAUUACUUCGAAGGAAGGCUCAGCGCUGCCCAAGAAUGCAAGCGAGCCUACUAUUUCGACGGAAAAGACAUCAGUCAACAGCAGGACUAGCGAAUAUCUCCCUCGAACUGUAACAAAGCCGGUCUCACCGCCGCCAAAGAAGUCAGAAGCAAAUGCCCCCCUGAAGCCGGAAGCGGAAGUGCGUUUGACGCCGCGCAAACUUCAGAAGGAGCCAGCAGUGUUCACGAGAAGAUUGACGAUGCUCAAGGCACUUCACCAGUACAUGGUGCCGUUGAACGACAAGGUCGCAAAAGCAGUCCGACCGGAGACCAAGGCCCUACACUUGAGCCCGAAUCAGCUCAACAAGCUAGUGGUCGACGAAGAAGAGAAGCUGGCUAAGGACCAUACGUCUGUUUACGACAACGUUCUGAAGCAGCGUUUGGUUGCGCUGAAGAAAAUGACCGUAGACGAGUGGGUAAAGAGCAGAAGGGAGGCCGUCGCGAAAGGGAAGGGAGAGGCACCAAAGAAACCGCCACCGAAGAGAGUUGACACUGGUCUGAACCCGAAAGAAGAGGUCACACUCCUCUCCACACUUAUCUCGCCGCAGACCGGCUUAGACGCUCACGGAUACGUCACCAAGCUACCGACAGACGCUGAACUGAAUGAGACGCAUGCGGCGCAAGAGCUAGCCGAUUUUUGGGAGGUCUGCGAUCGUUGUGGAACACGCUUUCAAGUCUUCCCUGACCGAAGAGAGGAGGACGGCGCGCUGACCACUGGCGGUCAGUGUAAGCAUCACUGGGGAAAGCGGAUCUUUCCGAAGAAGGCAAAGGGUCAAGCUCCCGAGCCGACGCGGUUCUCUUGCUGCAAUGAGCCUGUAGGAUCACCGGGCUGUACGACACAUGAUACGCAUGUGUACAAGAUCUCGGAGGUAAAGCGACUCUCGCUCGUUAUGCCUUUUGUCGAGACUCCCGAAAACGACGAAGCUCAGCCGCAUACGGCAGUCUGCUUUGACUGCGAGAUGGGCUACACGACGCAUGGUCUCGAACUCCUACGCCUGACCGUCGUGUCCUGGCCUACGCAUAGACCUCUCGUCGACGUCUUAGUCCGCCCACUCGGCCACAUUCUGGAUGUCAACACCCGCUUCUCCGGUGUCACCGCAGAGCAAUUCGUCAACGCAAAGCCUUACGACCCCGAGAAUCCGAAACCCAUCCGCACCGACCUUCGCAUCGUCGACUCGCCGUACGUCGCGCGGGAUCUCUUCCUCUCCCAUAUCUCACCCACCACUCCCCUCCUGGGCCACGCCCUCGAAAACGACCUAAACUCCAUCCGUCUCAUCCACCCCACCAUCAUCGACACCGUCAUCCUCUACCCCACCCGCUCAGGCCUGCCAUACCGCCACGGCCUCAAAACACUCGCAAAAUGGCACCUUGGUAUGGAUAUCCAGCAAGCCGGUGCAGCGGGACAUGACAGCUUCGAAGAUGCUAGAACAACGGGCGAGCUCGUGCGGUUCAAAAUAGCAGAGAAGUGGAGGAAAUUGAAAGAUGAGGGAUGGACGAUACGCGACGAUGGUGUGUAUCCUCCGGUGCCGCCGGGCCUACCGCCACCAACAGCGCCGCCUGCUCUGUCGAUGGUUCCGCUGCUGAAGAGCACGGAAAUGGAGGCGCAUCCUGCGGAGAAGCGAAAGCUCCGCCAAUUGGAGGAGGAUGAGGGGACUGGAAGCGACGAGCCACCAAGGAAGAAGCAGGAGCGGGAUCUCAAGGUCUUGCAAGAUGAGUAGUGCAACGGUAUGGAAAGAUGGUCUGUUAGCUUAGCACUGCAUUGCAUUGCGUGGAACGGCAUUGCACGGAGUAGUCCCGAGACAGCCCUUUCGGCGCGGGAUGGUUUGGCGUUUGACAGAGCGACAUGUAUGCCAUCUAAAUUCCUGGCUUUUGCAUAGGCAUGACUGUAGUGCCUCAGGGUAGUUGGCAUAGCCGCGGACUUUAAUUAUCGUUCUAGUUCCUGCCUCUAC